AACGUGCGGAGAUCGGACCUGAAGGGCGCCGGGGAGGAGAUCAAGUCUGGACGGCUCUUCAUGGUGGACCUGGCCGGCUCUGAGCGGGCCAAGCAGACCCAAAAUAAAGGGAAGCGGCUGCAGGAGGGAGCCCAUAUCAACCGUUCCCUUCUUGCUCUGGGUAACUGCAUCAACGCCCUAGCUGAAGGUCGCGCCAAAUACGUCAACUUCCGCGACUCUAAACUCACACGACUCUUGAAGGACGCUCUGUCUGGCAACUGCAGGACGGUGAUGAUCGCUCACGUCUCCCCCUGUCACCUCCACCGCGAGGAGACCAGGAACACCCUCAUCUAUGCUGACAGAGCCAAGAAUAUUUCCAAACAGGUUCGCCGCAACGUGCUGGACGUGUCCUACCACGUCUCACAGUACCAGACAAUCAUCACUGAGCUUAAGGACGAAAUUGAUCGACUCAAGAGUAAACUGGAUGAGAGUGUUCCUGAACAGAGCACAACAGGUAUGAACAGCCAAGAAGUGGAACAGGAGAGGCAGAAGAAUGCUGAGAAAAUGAGGAAACUUAAAAAUGAUCUUCUAGACUAUUUCAGAGAGCAGAUGUCACUCAGAAAUAAGCUGAUGGACAUUGACAGUAACAUACUAGCGUUAUCGAUGGAGUUUGAGCGUCAGAACCUGGUUGUGACGGAGUGGGAGACGGAGAGGGCCCAGCGGUCUAAGGGGCGCUCUGAACCCAUUAAGGGACCUGACGGUGAAGAUAUAAUUGACAUGGACACCGAUAAAGAGAGAGAUGACGAGAGUGACGAGGACGAGCCGGAGGAGGUGACUCAGGCCUGGGAGGACCUGAUGUACCUGCAGAAGGAACAGCAGAGGUACACUGACAUGAGGGAGAAGGUCGAGCAAGAGAUGACAGAGGUCAGGAAACGAGCCAAUGACAUGGAAGAGCUCUUAAGGAAACGUGUAAGGUGCAGAAAGCGACUGAAACGUUGCCGAAAUCUCCUCAGAAAAUGGCACGAGGCACUACCAAAAUCCAUCACCAACGAUGAGCAGCGAGAACUUCUGGCCCUUCUGUGCAAGGUUCAUGAGCUGGAGAUCCAGAAGGUGGAGAUGCAGAGCGAGGCGCUGCUGAAGGAGCACGAGCUACGUCGGCGGGACCUGGUGAUCAUGCGCUACGACCGCCAGCGGACGCUGUGUGACGAGAUCAUCACUCGCCAGAGACAGAUGAUUGAAGCCAUGCAUGACGGGCAAGACCUCAACCCCACCAUGCCGCCAGAGCUACGGGAGCUCUAUGCACUCUACCAGAUGGAGGUUCAAUACACGAGUAACGAGAGAGACGGGAAGUACGGCAGCGACGUCAACCAUAUCUUCAGAUCGCCGUCAGUGUUGUCAAUCACGGGAUCAUCUUAUGAUAAACUUCCACCCAUUAAUAAGGAACCAGAAAAAUUAUUUGAGAAGCCGACCCGGCGCCACAGCCUGGGGGACGUCCGGCGCCCUGACACUGUCCUCAGCCUGCGCAGUCCACUCAGUUCGGCGUCGUCUUCAGCUCCCGGCACCGCCCCCGGAGCAAGACUGCUCUCCCUCCCUCCCAUCCGGGGCGCCGUCUCCUCCACCUCCUCAGACACUGAUUCACACGAUAUUCGACAUGGUCUUAAGAACAUCAACGCCAUCGCCGCCAAGCGUCGUGGAUCAAAGGGCGGUGCUCCGGGAGAGCGGCAGACGUCAACCGACACCCUGGACAACCUCACAGAACCAGACUCUCCAGGACUCCUCCACACAACUGCGCGGCGCAAAUCUGCCAACUACCCCAGUGACGACAGCCUCUCUGUGGCUAGUGUCCGGCUAGACAGUCCCCCGCGCAAGGCCAGGAAUCGUGUCAAGCCUCUUCCUCAACGAAAGGCUUUAAGCAAGAAGCAGGAAAGCCAACAGCGGCGGCAGAGGAAUGGCUCGCCGUCCUCUAGUGACGGAGACUCACCUACCAGGAAGACGACGAAGCAUCACAGGAAGGACGUUGCUGGUCCAGUUCGUCGCAGGGGUCACAGUCUCAGUAGGCUGGAGCGGAAACCAACACAGACCAAAAAUGCGGCGCCAGUCAACACACGGGGCAGACGACGGCAGAGCAUCCCUGCAGGCAAGGGUCGAGGCAAGUCUCCUGAUCCCUUUAACCACAUAGGUUUUGCCCUUCACUACUGACCCACAAACUAC